GAUAAAAUUUUGAUUUAUUAGAUUAUUUAAAAUGGAUAAAAAUGUUUAUAAAGUGCUGGUCGCCGCGACUGGAAGUGUCGCUGCAUUAAAAAUACCUAUUCUAGUGAAAACCUUAUUGGAAUUAAACAAAAACGAGAGCCGCUAUCAAUUUGAGAUACGUCUAAUAGUGACAGAACAUGCGAAACACUUCUUUUCCACUAGUGAAUUGCCUUCUGGAGUGGUGAUAUUUGACGACAACUCGGAAUGGCAGGCUUGGAAGCAAAGGGGGGAUCCGGUGCUGCACAUAGAACUUGGCAAGUGGGCUGACAUGAUGGUUAUAGCUCCUUUGGAUGCUAAUACAUUAGCAAAAAUGGCACAGGGCAUUUGUGACAACCUGCUCACCUGCACAACUCGAGCAUGGGACAUGUCCAAGCCCCUCCUCUUCUGUCCAGCAAUGAACACGCGUAUGUGGGAGCACCCUAUCACGUCCAAACAAGUCCAGGUGCUGACAGACUGGGGCCAUAAAGAGAUACACCCGAUAAGCAAAACACUGAUUUGUGGCGACACAGGGAUAGGCGCUAUGGCUGAGGUGCCAACUAUUGUUGAAGAGAUUCAAAAGAUUGCAUGUAAAAGUUUCUCUAAAUGAAGUAGUUUUAAUAUUUUUUGCUUGGUUGUACCUAAUUGUUGACUAGUUUUAAAGUGAACUUAAAAAAGAGUACUGUUGUAUUUUGAACAUGGAGUUAAGGCAAGGCCAUUUUUUUGGUAAUUUUAUUAUAAUGAGAGAAAUCCACACAUUCACUACCAGACGAAAAAUGGCGCUCUACGAUAGAAACCGGAUGUUAUCUAGAACUGUCCACUUGUAUGGCGACACAACGGGUUGUCUGGCGUCUGAGCAAAGUUCACGAGUGGCUACCAGUUGGGUUCUUGAUUGCGAAAGUGUUAUUAAAUUACUGUUCCAGGAAAGUCAUCCGAAAAGUGAUUUUGAUGAUAUACUAUUUACCUAUUUAUUGGUAUCAAAUUCAUUUACACUUACAGAACUAAUUCAUAUAUUUUUAUAAUACACAAAAUAAAACAAUUGUAGAUACUGUAAA